AUGCGUGGUUCACGCACACAGCCGCAGGCAGGCGGCUUCAUGGCAAGCGCACCGCCACGCAGAGGUGGAAGACGCGGCUUCUCCAACAACAGCAACAACCACGGACGCCAGGGACGCAACAACGGCGGCGGUAACGGCAACAGCAACAGCAAGGGGCGCCGCUUCCGUGGCAACUGUCACUACUGUGGCAAGUAUGGACACCGUGCAGCAGAGUGUCGCAAGAAGCAACGCGACAACGGAGCAACAGGCUUCACUGCACAGGCACAGCAUCAACAUGGUCAAGACGCAGCAACCUUCGUCGCUGCCACAGCUACUACACCCACGCAGCUGCAUGACCCACUCACGUGGCUUGCAGACACGGGUGCUUCACACCACCUCACCUUCGUCAAGGACGCCUUCGUGGAGCUGACACCGCACCUGCAACAGCACCAUCCACGCCACAUCACUGCGUUUGGCGGCACACGUGUGCCCGUGCGCGGUGUUGGCUCUGUGCUGUUGCAUGCACGCACGACGAGCGGAGCCACGAUGCAGGUUGUGUUGCAGGAGUGCCUCUACGUGCCCGAGGGCCAGGCCAACCUCAUCGCCCUCGGUCGUCUGACUAGGGACAGCAGCGGCAGGCCAACGGGCCACUCGCAGCGUGAUGGCGCUGAUGGGCACUACGUGCGCUUCAGCCACGGAGCCGAGGUCAAGCUGAAGGAGCGCACCAGCCUCCGAUGCUGGCCCAUUGUUGCUGUUGGUCCAUCCACGGCACACGGUCUCACCGCCGACGCCUGCAAGCAACCACAGCAACACGCAGCAGCUCCUGCAGCCCAGAGCAAGGUGCAGACACCAUCGAUGCAUGAGGUGCUUGGCCACCGCAACGACAACGACGUGCAGCAGUACUGCAAGCUGAUGGGCAUCGACGAUCGCAACGCCAUCAGCAGCAAGCAGUGUACAACGUGCGCAGUGACCAAGAGCACUCGUCACAGCGUCAGCAAGCACGCGGAGCGCACACAGGUGCCCGGCGAGCGCAUCCAUGCCGACAUCGUCGACUGGACCGCGGACUCGCCCACGGGCAAGCGCUACAGCCUCGUCAUCGUCGAUGAGGGAAGCAAGCUCCUGCAUGCAGUCCAUCUCAACGCCAAGAAGGACGCAGUUGCCGCGUUCCAGUCUUUCCUGCGCGAGACCAAGCUCCCCAUCUCGCCCACAACAACAGCACUCCAGACGGAUUCCGAUGCCAUCUUCCUCGGAGCUGACUUCCAGGCCAUCGUCAAGAAGCACCUGAAGCAGCACCAGCAGUCCCCGCCGUACACCCAGGCGCAGAACGGCAUCGUCGAGCGACAGGUGCGCACCCUCUCCGACAUGGUGCGAGCCAUGAUCACGGGUGCAGGCCUCGACGCAUCGUACUGGAGCCUCGCCUGCAACCACGCCCUCCACAUCCUCAACAACAUGCCUCGCCCUUCCCUCCACGGCAAGACACCGCUGCAGAUUGUCACGGGCUCGCUGCCCAAGCACGUGCCGCAGCUGCACAUCUUCGGGCAGCCGGCCGUCGUCCACAUCAGCACACAGCGCGGUCGCCUGCAGCCCAAGGGUCGUCGAGGCAUCUACGUCGGCUACAACAGCAGCAGCAACAGCCACCUCGUCUACUUCGCAGACACAAACACCGUUGUGUCCUCCAUCCACGUCCGCUUCCUUCCCUUCUCCAAGGCCGAUGAUGUCGUGGAUGAGGGGGAGGAGCAACACACGCUGCUCAAGUCGCGCUUCGUCUUCAAGGUGAAGCGUGAUGCUGAGGGCGCGCCGACGCGCUUCAAGGCACGCUGGGUCGCCAAGGGCUUCAGCCAACGACCGGGCAUCGACUUCGACCAGACCUACGCCCCAACACCAGCAGCCAAGACCAUCCUCACUGUACUCGCCGUCUCCCUGCAACGACAGCACCAGCUGCACCAGCUCGACUUCAAGUCGGCUUACCUGCAGGCUGAUCUCAAGGAGGAGCUGUACAUGGAGCUGCCGCCGCACUUCACCGACAUCGGCGACGGCGCUCAACGCUACGCGGGCAAGGUGUGCCGGCUGCUCAAGCCGCUCUACGGUCUCAAGCAAGCUGGCCGUGCAUGGGCCAAGAAGCUGCACACCUUCCUCAAGACCAACGGAUGGGCGCAGAGCAACGUCGACGCCUGCCUCUUCACCAAGCUCCACGACGACGGACAGCGCACAUGGAUCAUCACGUACGUCGACGACCUCAUCAUCAGCGGCAGCAGCGAGCGCCACAUCCGUGCCUGCAAGCAGCAGAUCAAGGAGAGCUUCGAGGCUGAGGACCUGGGCCCACUCACCUGGUACCUGGGCCUUCACCUGACGUCACCAGCUGACGGGGUGUUACACAUUGCGCAGACACAGGCCAUCAACGACAUCGUCAACGACUACAACCUGGCAGCGGCAGCCAGCGUGUCCACGCCCAUGCGUGUUGGCAUCGACGCCUCCAGCAUCAGCGAGCAGCCCGACCGACGCUUGCCGUUCCGCAACCUCGUCGGCUCGCUCCUGUACCUGGCCAACCGCACCAGACCAGACGUCAGCUUCGCGUGCGGGCUGCUCUGCCGUUACAUGGACCGUUACACGACGGUCCACUGGCAGGCAGCCAAGCACGUCGUGCGGUACCUGAAGGCGACGAGCGAGCACGGCCUCCUCUUCAAGCGACGCAGCGGCACGCGCAAGGACCAGCCGCUGGACCUUGUGUGCUACAGCGAUGCCAGCUUCGGCACAGACCAGCUGACGGGCCGCUCCACGACGGGCUUCACCUGCUACAUCAACGGCUGUCUUGUGUCUUGGAGCAGCCGGCUGCAACCCACGGUUGCGCUGAGCACCGCCGAGGCCGAGUACAUGGCCAUCUCUGCUGCAGCGCAGGACGUGGUCUUCCUGCGGCAGCUGCUCAUGGACCUCGACGAGCCCGAGGCUGGAGCCACCAAGAUGCUGACAGAUAACCAGGCGGCCAUCGCCAUCGGCAACGACCACGUCACCAAGCCGCGCACGAAGCACAUCCGGGUACGCCACCACUUCGUGCGGGAGCUCAUCGCCGACGGAACCAUUGUGCUGCAGCACUGUCCCGGCACGCAGAUGGUUGCCGACGCGCUGACCAAGGCACUGGACAAGCAGACCUUCGAGCAGCACCUGCCACGACUGGUGGGAACCUCGACGGCUGAGACGGAGCAGAGGAAGGCAGUUGAGGGGGAGUGUUGA